AAGUACCUUGUCCUGACCGGUUUUUGUUAACUCCUUUUAAAUCUCCUCCUCUUUCCACUCACGGUGAAGAGCAAGCAGUGUGAGUGGUUUAGCAUAGCCGCUGUCCUCAGGAGUGCCGAAGUAUAACUAAUAUUUAGAUACUGAGUAUAAAUACAGUAAGUGUUUAGAUAUAUAGUUAAGAGUAGGCUCCUAUCAUCCAGUAUUUUUCCUAUGUCUCGGGUCUGGAUGUACCUCUUUCCUGCACUGGGUGCGCUUGUCUUGCCAGGUGUACAUCAUGUGGAGGGAAUGGAGUUGCUUACGUCCUCGGAGUUGGAGGCAGUCAAUGGGACAGAUGUACGGCUCAAAUGUAUAUUUAAAUCGACACAUCCUCUCUCCGAAGAAAAAGUCUCUGUAUCCUGGAGCUUCCGACCACUUGGAAAGAUGACAGGAGAAUUGAUUUUUCACUACCAGAAAAGUGCAUUUCCACCGGAAAUAGGCAUGUUUAAGGGCCAUGCUGUAUGGUCUGGUGAUAUAAUGAAGGGUGAUGCAUCCAUCACGCUGCAGAAUGUGCAGUUCAGAUUUAAUGGUACCUACAGCUGCCAAGUCAAAAAUCCACCCGACAUCCAGGGCUUUAUAGGUGAGAUCAGCCUCAGAGUUGUUGAAAAAGUUACUACCCAGUCAAUGAAAGCGGUGACAGGAAAAAUAAAUAAAACAAGAUACCAGGACAGUUUCAUUCUCUGAAAUUGGAAUUCUGGCAAUAGCUGUGGGUGGAUCCAUUGGCGUUGUUCUCCUGAUCCUCAUCAUUUUUACUGUUGUGCGGGUGUUCCGGAGACAGGAUGAUGAUAUGUUAGUUGAGAUGGAGGACCACAGAUCAGAGGAUCAGGUGCUUUGAGUGAGUCUGUGCUGUUAGUUGCUGUCUGGGCUAACCAAUCUGUACCUACUAGUGAUAACAUAUUUCAACACAGGAGUUUCUAAUUAUAUGAAAUAACAAUAUCUAGAUGGCAAAUUGAUCGUAGAAGCUUACGUUCUUCUACUCUUAUUUUUACAGAUAUAUGUUUUUAGUUAUCAUAACCUUUUUUAAUUUUUGAUUUAUGUAUGAAUACUUAACGUGAGGUCAAAUCUCAUAUUUUGAUAUCUAUCUUUUGUAUUCCUAAAAAGAUGAGAUAUGAAUUGUUUAUGUGUUUAAACUCUGACUUCAUUAACUGUUGCUGCCAAUUAUUAUGAUUGAGAAUUUUUGUCAUUCUUCAUUGUGUUUGUCUGUUGCACUACUUUACCACAGUUUCUGUCACAUACAGUAAAUCUGUGCAGCAAAAAAAAUAAAUAAAUAAUAAUUUCAAUU